AAUCGGCAAGCAAGCAAGCAACCUGGUGUAUGUAACUUAGUGGAAUCCGGAUACCGCAGUCAGGGGUCGAUAGAUUUUGAGUCCUGCAGGAUCGUCAUCGUCGUAAAAGCAAAGCCCAGAUUGUGAGAUGUCAUCAUCAUCAUCUAUCUAUCUAUAGCCUUGUCUUGUCUUGCCGAGGACGACGCUAAAUCAGCGAUGGACUGAAUUGAGAGACCUGAAGUCAGGCAGUCGAAGAAGGGGAAAUAUGGAAGCCCCGGGGGCAUGGUCUUAGGCCCUCCCUCCCUCCCUGCUACAACUCGGUCCUCCCUAUUCUCCCUCUUCCUCCCUCCGUGGUUGGGUUGCAAUCAAUCUCCCGCACGCUAGAAGAAUAGUUAGUUUUGUGGUCUGAGACCCUUGAUCUGAUCGUUACUGCUCUGUCUGCGAUUCGGCGUCAAUCGUGGCGAGUUUCUGUUGAUGGUGUUGUUGUCAGGAACGCAGGCUCAUUCAUCAGCCUCAAUCAACACCAGUUGCUGCUGCUGCUGCUACUGCGGCUGCUCGUCAGAUUAGUGAGUGACCAGUUCGCAGGAGGAGUUUUGGGCGAUGUCACACUGAGACGGCGGCGUCACAAGCUGCGCAGCUGGUCUGAAUAAGUAGCCAUGGUGUUCCCUAAGCAUGGCAGGCAGGAGCGGCGCGGGCCCGCGCCGCAUGUUAUCAUUCUUGGGUCUCUCUUUGUCGCCUUCGUUUUCAUUGGAGUCUGGGUUUACACCAGCCCUGCACCAAUAGAAGAUGUGCAGUAUAAGACUGCUACACAACCAAGCGAAACAAUCAAGGAUUUUGAGAAGACUACUGAUGCUUCGGUCGAUGCACAGUUGGAUGACGAUUCUAAAGAUGAUGAGACAGAUAAGGUUGAAGCUGAUCAAAGCAUAGAUGAAAACGACAAGGGUGAGGAAACAAGUGACGAGUCUGAAAGGCGACCAGAAGAAGAGUCACCAGAGGUUGACGAGAGCACGAUCUUAGACAAGUCUCUUCAGGAAGAGAGAAAGGCUGAGGAGGAAGCUAAGAAGGCUGAAGAGGAAGCCAAGAUAGCUGUGAAGAUAGGACCAGCCGAUGACGAGGCCAAGGAGGACGCUGUGGAGGAUGGAGAGAGCCGCACAGUCAAGGAGGAGGUCCAGCGUGAUGACGAUAUUGGGGACUCUCUUGUUGCCAAGAAGCAUGAAGCGAUCGAAGAUGCAACAGACGAAUCAAGCGCUGACGGGACGAAGGGUGAGAGUCAGGAUGCUGAUGAGCUUCCUUCAGUCGAUACUAGCGAGUCACACACCACCUCAGACCCGGACUCACAGGAUGCUACGAGCUCUUGGAAAUCACAAGAUGAAGAGUCUACGGAAGAGAAGGAAGCGACAAAGAAAUUUACUGAUGUCGUUAAGACUGACCUUGAGGCAGUGCCCGAGACUUCAUCCUCUGAGGAGACUGAACCUGCGACUCUUACCGAAGAAGAGAAGAAGAUUGAAGAGAAGCAGGAGAUGGCUACUACACCGAUUGUCAUUCAAGAAGCGGUGGCAAAGGUAGAAGCCCCGAAAUACAAAUGGAAGCUUUGCGAAUGGCGCGGUGCUCAGGAUUAUAUCCCUUGUCUUGACAAUAAGAAAUGGCUUACCACUCACAAGCAGCGCAAGCAUUACGAGCAUAGAGAGCGCCACUGCCCUACUCCCAAACAGCUGCCCAAGUGUUUGGUGCCCUUGCCUGCUGGUUAUAAACCGCAUAUCAAAUGGCCUGAUAGUCGUAGCGAAACGUGGUAUAACAAUGUACCUCAUGCUGGUCUCGCUCAAUACAAGAAGGAUCAGAACUGGGUAAAAAAGCAGGGCGAGAAACUUAUUUUUCCUGGUGGUGGAACACAAUUCAAGCAUGGUGCUGGCCACUACAUCGACUGGGUGCAGAAGAUUUACCCAACUAUUAGAUGGGGAAAACACACACGAGUCUUGUUGGAUGUAGGCUGUGGUGUUGCCAGUUUUGGAGGCUACCUAUAUGACAGGGAUGUGCUAGCCAUGUCUUUUGCCCCGAGAGAUGAGCAUGAAGCUCAAGUGCAGCUGGCAUUGGAAAGAGGGAUUCCUGCCUUUUCAUCAGUAAUGGGCACGCAACGUCUUGUAUUCUCCAGCAACUCAUUCGACGUUGUUCACUGUGCUCGUUGCCGGGUGCCUUGGCACGUUGAUGGUGGCAAGUUGCUGUUGGAGUUGAACAGAGUGUUGAGACCUGGGGGCCAUUUUGUGUGGUCUGCUACCCCCGUCUAUCAGGACCUUGAAGAGGAUAAGCAGAUCUGGAAAGACACGACUGCCGUGAUAGAGGCUAUGCGCUGGAAAAUGGUGGCUAAGGAAACAGAUGAGGAGACUCAGAUUGGAGUUGCAAUUUUCCAGAAACCUGCAACCAAUGAAGUAUACGAAAGUUCAACGGGUGGGGGACCUGAGAUGUGUCAGGAUGACAAUCCGAAUGCUGCUUGGUAUGUGAAGAUGACACCAUGUAUUUACAAAAUUCCGGAUACCAAGCGUUCUGAAUGGCCCGAGGAGUGGCCUCUCCGAGCCACGGCUGUUCCCAAGUGGUUGAACUCGAAGGAUACUGGUCUUUAUGGGAAGCCAGCUCCCGAAGAUUUCGACACUGAUACCAAACAUUGGGAGCGUGUUGUAGCAAAGACCUACUUGCCUGAACUUGGAAUUGAUUGGAGCACUAUUAGAAAUGUUAUGGACAUGAAGGCUGGCUACGGAGGAUUCGCUGCUGCACUUAGAGCGGAAAAGGUGUGGGUGUUGAACAUUGUGCCCGUAACCGAACCAGAUACACUUCCAAUCAUUUACGACAGAGGAUUCAUUGGCAUGUACCAUAAUUGGUGCGAGCCUCACAGCACAUACCCCAGGACUUACGAUCUCCUCCAUGUAGAUCACCUGAUUACCUCUGUUAAGGCAAAGGAAUGUAGCAUAGUACAUUUGAUGAUGGAGAUGGACCGCAUCUUGCGGCCCGAUGGUUGGGCUAUCUUCCGCGAUGAGAAGUCCAACCUAGUUGAGGUGGAGGAGAUUCUCAAGUCACUUCACUGGGAUGUGAAACUGUCAUUUUCAAAGCAAAAUGAGGAGCUCCUCGCUGUGCAGAAGAAAUUCUGGAGACCAGACCCCAAGGAGUCAUCGUAGAAGGUUUUAGAAAGACGUAGUUUUUGAUAUAGGCCCAAUCGAAACUUGAGCAGAGAAUCCAUAGUUAUCAUGCCUUCCCAAUCUUUCACCCUACUGGGCGUCAGUUUGUAACGACGGGGGUGACCAGGUGUGGACUUGUGUUAGCACUUCACAGCAAGACUUGUAUUGUAAAUCAGUCAGCUCUGUAAACGGCGGGUUGUUUAGGACAUUAGAACGAACUAAGGUAGUGUUGCUGCAUUCCUUGCAGCUUUGGCACUCUCAA